GGCGCCAUAUACCCUCCAGUUCAAUAUAUCGAGGCGCCAGUGCAACACAGGCGCCGGGUCCUUUGCUAAAGUGAUUCUGUUUAAAGUUAUAAAAAUAAUUUAGUGAAAAACAAGUGUUAUAAAAGACAAAUGUCACAAAGAAUUGAAUAAAAAGGGAGACGAGUAUGGAGUCCCUGAAACCUGGAGGCCUGAGUUCAGUCCAGGAUAUUUUCUUCAAUUCUAUAGAAACAGUGUCACGUGAUGCAUCCCUAGAAAGAAGGAGCAGAAUUCCAGUAAGGCGGGAUUCAAGUUCUCCGCCCUCCUUGCCCUCCUCUGGGCGCUCCACCCCGGUGUACCGCCCCCCAAUGCAGAGGGAGGGCUCCUCCCCCCCUGGGCUGCUUUCCCACCACAUGCCACGCCCCGCAAUUGCUCCUAAACCAAAACUGGGACAAAAACAGGGAAAUGACUCCACUGGAGGUCAUCAAAGCAUCCUCGGAGGCCCUCAGAGUGUUCUAGGAGGCUCUCAGAGCGUGCUGGGAGGUCAUAUAGGUCCAUUCUCUAGGAUACCAAGACCUGAAGCUAAAAUGAGAAAAUGGGAAUCCACUUCUAAACUUGAGAUGAAAAGAACAGCUUCUGACCUAAAUGAUUCUAGUCUAAGAAAGCGAGCUCUUCAACAGACUUCUUCUGUGAAUCUGCAGCGUAUGUCUGGGUCUGUUACAAACCUAUCUAGAGGAUCAUCCGGUUCCGCCACAAACCUUUCUAGAGGAUCAUCCGGCUCUGCCUCAAACCUCAGGGCGGCUCCGCCCUUUACAAGAUCUGUCUCCGCGUCUUUUGCAAGUCUGACCAGAUCAAGCAGUAAUUCAUCUUUCUCCACACUUGACUUUCAUAAGAAUAAACAGAUAAAGAGUGACGAAUCUAAAUCAGUCUCGCGACGCCUCUCAAAACGGGAUGAAGAGGUUGAAAGAUUGAAAGACGAGCUUAACCAGAGCUUGGAGUUGAUCCAUGGUUUACGAGGAGAGGUUGCAGUAUCAGGUUGCAUAGAAAUAGGGAUUCAAAAAAUUGAGUUUGUGGUAAAGGCUGUAUUCUCUUGCUUCUCUCAUACUUGUGCUCAGAUCAAAACUACAGGAGCUACGAGGUCACAAAGUCAAACCAGAUAA